ACCUAGCUAACAUAAAAGUAUCGAUGCUCUUAUGAGUGCGUGCGUGCUUCCGCUUUUAACAUACCAAAGUGGAGAACGUACAUCUCGUAACACGCAUCUUAUUGAUGAAUCAGCUAAUUGAGGUGAAAGUUUCUGAUGUUGAAGGAAAAAUACUGGGGCUCUUAUUCGCCGCUAACUGGUAUCCGCCGUGCCGGAGAUUCACCCAAAUGCUGGUCGGCGUUUACGAGGAGCUGAAGAAGAAUGCGUCAGAGUUUGAGAUUAUCUACGUGUCCUCUGACGAAGACACGGACGCCUUUGAUAUCUUUUACGGCCAAAUGCCAUGGCUGGCAAUUCCGUUUUCUGAUUUGGAAACAAAGAAAGCGCUGAAUAGGAAGUACGACGUCGAAGGCGUUCCUUGUUUAGUGAUAUUGCAACCCCACGACGCUAAAGAGGAAGCAACUUUGCGUGAUGGAGUUAAUGUCAUUUAUCGAUUUGGAGCGCAGGCCUAUCCGUUUACCAAGGAAAGGCUAGAGCAGCUUCAUCAGGAAGAGAGGGACAAGCACGAAAACCAGACUUUGACUAAUUUACUGACCGGCCCCGGUAGGGACUGUGUUUUGGGCCACCCAGGAUCCCGGCAGGUACCGGUUGCAUCGUUGGUGGGUAAAACAACAGGGCUGUACUUCUCAGCGCAGUGGUGCGUGCCGGAGCAGAAGUUCACUCCCAAACUCAUAGGGAUAUACGAAAAGAUAAAGCAGGUGUUGGCGGAGAAAGGAGAGGAGGACUUUGAGAUCGUGCUGAUAUCCAACGACAGAGACGAGGCGUCUUUCCAGUCGUAUUUCGGAAGCAUGCCGUGGUUGGCGCUGCCAUACGGGGAUGCGGAGAUGAAGAAGCUGGCGAGGCACUUCGAUGUGCAGGGAAUACCAUGCCUGGUGAUAAUAGGUCCUGAUGGCAAGACCAUAACCAGACACGGCAGGAGCCUCAUCAACUUGUACCGCGAGAAUGCAUACCCCUUCACCCGUGCCCGGGUGGAGUCGCUGGAGAAACAGAUGGAGGAAGAGGCCAGGGGGCUUCCCACGUUGGUCGCUCACGAGGGCCAUCGCCACCAUCUCAAUCUCGUAUCCGACGGCAACGGCGGAGGCCCCUUCAUUUGCUGUGUCUGCGACGAACAGGGCUCCAGCUGGGCCUACCAGUGCCUCCAAUGUGGCUACGAAGUGCACCCAAAGUGCGUCACGCCUGUGGAUCGCUAGCCUCCUCCUCAGCCCAGUCACC